AGACGCGCUCGCCGAGCCGUCACAGCGUGCUGUUCGUGCACCCGCCGAAGCCGAGCUCGAACGCUUCAAGCAAGCUCUCGGCGAUGCGCGCGCGAGGGGGCGGCGCGGCCACGCCGCGGCCGGAGCACCUGGCGGCGCACGCGCGGCUCGUCAAGUCGGCCGACGCGGACCCGUUCGUCGUCAGCACCGUCAUGCGCGCCUACCUCCGCGCCUCGCUCCCGCUGCAGGCGCUGCUCGUCCUCCGCGGGCUCCUCCCGCGCGCGCCCCGCCUCCUCGCCAACUCCUUCUCCCUCUCCCUCGCCCUCCAGGCCUGCGCCGCCUCCGCCGCGCUCGCUUCGUCGGCCGCGACCCGGCCGCUCGGCGCCUCGCUCCACGCGCGCGCGGUCAGGUCCGGCUUCGCCGCCGCCGAUCUCUUCGUCCGCACCGCGCUCGUCGAGAUGUACGCCAAGUCGGGCCGCGCGGAGCUCGCGCGCGCCGCGUUCGACGAGGCGCCCCGCCGGGACGUGUUCCUCUGCAACGUCAUGCUCGCGGCCUACGUCGCGCGCGGCGAGGUCGCGGAGGCGAGGAGGGUGUUCGACGGAAUGCGGGACCGGGACCUGGUGUCCUGGAACACGAUGAUCCACGGGUACGCCGUGAGAGGGGACGUCGGCAUGGCGAGGGAGAUAUUCGACGCGACGAGCGACAGGGACGCCUUCUCGUGGAGCUCGAUGAUCUCCGCGUACGCCAAGGGCCGUCGGUCCAAGGAGGCGCUGGAGCUGUGGAAGGUGAUGCGAGCGGCGCGUGUCGCUCCAGACUGCAUCACCAUGGUGAGCGUGCUCUCGGCGUGCAGCGACAUGGGGGCACUGACCAUUGGCGCAGAGGUGCACCGGUUUGUCGAGAGCCACAGGGUUGAGGUAGACAUGAAGCUGGGUACUGCUCUGGUUGACAUGUAUGCCAAGUGCGGUGACAUUGAGAAUUCUCUGAAGGUGUUCCGCGCUAUGCCUGUGAUGGACGUGCUUACUUGGAGUUCAAUGAUCAUUGGACUGGCCAAUCACGGACUUGGCCAUGAUGCUCUAAGUUUGUUCUCAGAGAUGAUAUCACAAGGACUGCAACCAAAUGAGAUCACCUUCGUUGGAGUUCUUAUGGCGUGCACUCAUGUUGGUCUAGUGAGUGAUGGCAAGAAGUAUUUCAGCUCAAUGACUGACGUUCACGGUGUGGUGCCAAGGGUCGAGCACUAUGGAUGCAUGGUCGAUCUUUUGGGUCGUGCAGGCCAUGUUGAGGAGGCAAUGCAGCUUAUCAGGAGCAUGCCUUUUGAGCCGGAUGCAAUUAUUUGGAGAACACUUCUUGGCGCCUGUCGCAUCCAUAAGAAUGUAGAGAUUGCAGAGGAAGCUAUGGCCAAAUUGAAAGUACUGGAUCCUCUUGCAGAUGGACACUAUGUGUUGCUGUCAAACAUAUAUGCACAAGCAAACUCGUGGGAAGGUGUUGCAGAAAUGAGAAAAACGAUCAAGAGGGAGAACAUUCAGAGGGUUCCUGGAAGAAGCUCGAUCGAAUGGGAGAACACAGUUCAUGAGUUUGUCUCUGGUGAUAGAUCGCAUCCGAGGAUUGAGGAGAUCUACAAAAUGUUGGAAGAGAUGAUUGGCCGGUUAAUACAAGCAGGAUAUAGGCCCAUGACAAGCUUGGUAUUGCAAGAUAUUGAUGAGCAGUCUAAAAAGCGGGCACUGGCUGAACAUAGCGAGAAACUGGCCAUUGCUUUUGGGCUGCUGACCACCCCUCCAGGGUCAACUCUUCGAAUAACAAAGAACCUCAGAGCUUGUGAAGAGCUUAUAUCCUUGGUAUAUGGUCGCAAGUUGAUUAUUAGAGACCGGAAUCGUUUCCACCAUUUUAGUGAAGGGCAGUGCUCAUGUAAGGAUUACUGGUAAACUUAGAACCUUUUGUACCAGAAAAAGUUCUGGUGUACCAAUUGUUUGUCCGUACCUUGCUAGUAAUCUGAAGUUUAAGGUUGCUAGAUAUUCUUAUA